GGGACCAGGCUUCCUAUUUCUAUCCAUAGCCACAAAACAGAGCUCUCACUCAUGGCAACGGCGACAAUGGCUGCCAUCUUUUCUUUCCGUCACACAACGCUUGCUCCGCACUCCGCAACACUCCCAUCCACACCGUUAAUCAACAAACACACCUCCUUGUCCCUCAAUCUCAGUUCCACCCGCUCCAUUUGCGACCUCCGCCCCCUCGUUCUCACCCCAACCCUCAACACCUCCAACCCACUUCGAAGAAAUCCACCACCGCCCAUGGUGGUUUGUGCCAAAGGCUACAAAAUGAAGACCCACAAGGCUUCCGCGAAGCGGUUUCGCGUCACGGGGAGCGGGAAGAUAAUGAGGAGGAGAGCAGGGAAGCAGCAUUUGCUCAGGAAGAAGAACACUAAGAGGAGAUUGAGACUCUCUAAAUCGAUCCAAGUUGAUCGCAGCGAUUACGACAACGUGAUAGGCGCCUUGCCCUAUUUGAAAGUAAACCGGGCUAACUGAAGCUGAUGGAUUCUUGUUUCAGUGCACUCACUCUUCCCCUUUUUGCAAUUGAAAAUAUUUCUGUAUCAUUUCCUAAUUCCAGUAAAUUUGUUAAGAGCAUCACUUUUUAGCUUUCGCUGAGAUUAUUCUAUUGUUGUGAAGAAUCUUUUUUAUUGAUA